GUAUGCACUGGGAAAGCAAACGAUUCGCCAUUUGAAGAAGAACUACGUGCAGUUGGUGAAGAUAUUUGUGAAUCCCAGUCUCCAUGUAAAUCGUGCCAUCGUCUUAAGAAAAAACUUACAUCUUUACAAAAGACUUUAAGCUGGUAUAAAAAGACAAAAGCAUCUUUGAAGAAAAAGGCCCAGAAGUUGCAAAAUGAAUAUCGAAGCGAAAUCAGGGAAAAUCAUAAUACAUCGAAAUGCAGGGGAGUGCUGAAGAGCUUUUCGAAGGAGAAUCAUACAUGGACUACUCCUCUUUCGAAGAGUCUAGUCAGAGUGAAGAUUUAGAUGAAGAUACCACAAGUAAUACAGUCAGAAUUGAUGAAGGAGCAAGCUCGCAUGAACAACCUAUGUUCAUGGUAUUUUACAUCUCAUUGGUUGAGUUAUUUGAAAAAUUUUGCUUUAACUGCAAGGCUGAAAAUCCAAAAGUACACAUUAAAAACAUUGGUUUGAUGGCAAUUGUAGAGCAAAAUUGUGGUAAAUGUGUUGAAAAGAGCUUUAUGUGGAGAAGCGAACCUAUGGUUUUGGGAAGACAUCCAGCUGGAAACGUUAUGACUAGUUUUGGUAUAUUGAUGUCUGGUGUCAGUAUAAGUCAGGCCAUGCUGAUGUUCAAGCACAUGAAUCUCUCAGCAAAUAGUGUGUCCACUUAUCAUGUGCAUCAACGCACCUUCUUGUUUCCAGCUAUUCUGAAGCAUUGGGAAAGCUAUCAGUCAAAGUUAAUUGAAGAUGUGAAAAAAAGUGAUGCGGAUUUCCAGACAUGGUCAGGAGAUGGACGCUUUGAUUCUAUGGGGCACAGUGCGAAAUAUGGAGUCUACACAAUUUGGAGCCACACAACAUCAAAGCUGGUUCAUUUUGGAUUGCUUCAGGCCAAUAAAGUUGGUAGCAGUAAUGCCAUGGAACUGGAGGGAGCAAAAAGAUCUUUUCAGUUUCUUGAGAAAUCUGGGCUUACCAUGGAUGUUUUCAUCAGUGACAGGCACAAAGGGAUUGUAAAGUGGAUCCAAAACGAAAAAAACGAAACAAAGCACUUUAAUGAUAUCUGGCAUGUAAAUUAAAGUCGUUUAAAUGCCCGACAUAACCCACGGAUUCCAAG